CCUCGUUUCACUGUUUCAGUCACUCGAAAAUCCUAUAACCUUGUUUGGGUUUCCAAUUCGAAUUAAAUAAAUUUCUUCAGAAACAUACAAGAAACAAAUAUAGACAAUGGCUUUACACGUUCCUAAAGCACCGGGAUUUGCCCAGAUGUUAAAAGAAGGAGCCAGGCACUAUUCUGGUUUGGAAGAGGCUGUUAUAAGAAACAUAAUAGCAUGCAAGGAAUUUGCACAAUCUGUAAAAACUGCCUAUGGUCCAAAUGGUAUGAACAAAAUGGUGAUUAAUCAUAUUGAGAAACAAUUUGUUACAAGUGAUGCAGCUACAAUUAUGCGAGAACUAGAUAUUGAACACCCAGCAGCCAAACUCAUGAUACUAGGAAGUCAAAUGCAAGAUGCUGAGGUGGGUGAUGGAACUAACUUUGUGAUUAUACUUGCAGGAGCACUUUUGGAGCAUGCUGAAGAACUAAUUCGUCUUGGAGUAACUCCCACAGAAAUUGCAGAAGGUUUUGAGAAAGCACUUGACAAAUGUCUAGAACUUCUUCCUAAUCUUAUUUGCUAUACAAUCAAGGAUUUCAGAAAUAUUGAAGAAGUUACAAAAGGAAUACAAACCUCAAUUCAAUCUAAGCAGUAUGGCAAUGAAGAGUUUCUAGCAAAACUUAUUGCAGAAGCAUGUGUGUCAAUUUUGCCAGAAGAAACAACAUUUAAUGUUGAUAAUGUCCGAAUAUGUAAAGUUUUGGGGUCUGGUUUACAUAAUUCUCAGGUUGUACAAGGUAUGGUGUUCAAAAGACAAGUUGAAGGGGAAAUAACUAAAGCAGAAAAAGCCAAAAUUGCUGUAUUCAGCUGUGCUGUUGAUAUUAUGCAAACUGAAACUAAAGGAACUGUACUUAUCAAAACUGCAGAUGAACUCAUGAACUUUAGUAGGGGAGAAGAAAAUCUUCUUGAAUUACAAAUCAAAUGUAUAGCAGAUGCUGGAGCUAAAGUUGUAGUUGCAGGAGCCAAAUUUGGAGAUAUGGCUCUACACUAUUUACAUAAAUAUGGUAUCAUGGUUGUCAGGUUGAACUCCAAAUUUGAUUUAAGAAGAUUAUGCAAAACUGUUGGUGCUACUUGUCUUCCACGCCUAACAGCUCCCACAUCUCAGGAACUUGGUUACGCAGAUAUUGUAUGUGUAGAAGAAUUGGGUGAUACCCCCAUAGUUUCCUUCAGAUUGGAGGGCAAAGAAUCUAGAAUUUCCACAAUUGUCAUCAGGGGUGCUACUGACAAUUACAUGGAUGACAUUGAAAGAGCAAUUGAUGAUGGAGUUAAUACAUUUAAGGGAAUCUCUCGAGAUGGCAGAUUUGUUCCUGGUGCCGGCGCCGUUGAAGCAGAGUUAGCUGUUCAAUUGACUAAAUAUGCAGACACUCUUCCAGGCUUAGAACAGUAUGCAGUCAGAAAAUUCGCAUCUGCCCUUGAAAGUUUUCCCAAAACUUUGGCAGAUAAUAGUGGACACAAAUCGACAGCAGUAUUAGAAAAAAUAUUGGAAGCUCACCAGAAUGGACAGAAAAAUGUUGGAGUUGACAUAGAAGCUGAAAGUGCAGUAUGUGACGCUUUGGAAAAGAACAUCUUGGAUCUCUACCAAUGUAAAUAUUGGGGACUGAAAUAUGCCGUAGGAGCAGCAGCAACUAUUUUAAGAGUCGACCAAAUUAUUAUGGCGAAAAGGGCAGGUGGGCCAAAAGUUAGGCAACCAAAGGGAAGUGACGACGAAUCUUGAAAUCGUUAAUUUUGCGCUUGGUUUCUCACUUACACUUAAAUUCACUUUACAACUCACUUGUAUUAAUCUGUUAAUUUAAUUUUUUAAUUAAUAUUUCUUAACU